UAGCAGCCAGGCAAGAAAUUGAAGGUGAGCCUGGCGGAGUGAGGGUACCGGAUGCCAGAAAGCGAUUGUGGGUAGACAAGGGGUGUAUGGGCAGCAGGCUGGGGUAUCCAGGGCGGGAGGACAGUGAGUGCGUGCGGAUCAAGGCGGUGAAGGAAUAGACAGGCGCUUUGCAGGGCGCUGAGAGUGGGCGCCAGGGACGGGUGGUGGAGGCAGUGGGCUCUGAACAAGGAGGUAGCCCGCCCCCUCCUGCAGAGUUCCUAACCCUGGCCAGCACCACUGCCGCUGCCGCCCUUUCCCGCAGUCUAAAGGAACCUAGGAGGGAGAGCACUUGCAGGCACACAGCCAGGAUUUCCAGCACUGCUGCCAGGCUCAUGGGGGAAAAUUUAGGUUCUGACGCAGGGUACAGAGACACGUCGCUGUUGGGAGAACUUCACCUUAUGGCAUACUGAAUGUUUCUCUCUUCUCUUCUCUCCUCCCCCUGCAGGCAUGAAGACCCCCCACGCACAGGAGGCCGAAGGGCAACAAACCAGGGCAGCUUCGGGACGGGCUACUGGGUCCACAAACAUGACGAAGAAAAAAACCUCCCAAAAGAAGCAGCGAGGCAGACCUUCGUCCCAGUCCCGCAGGAACAUCGUGGGCUGCAGAAUUUCACAUGGAUGGAAGGAAGGUGAUGAGCCCAUCACCCAGUGGAAAGGAACCGUUCUGGAUCAGGUGCCUAUAAAUCCCUCUCUUUAUCUGGUGAAAUAUGAUGGAAUUGACUGUGUCUAUGGACUGGAACUUCACAGAGAUGAAAGAGUUUUGUCUCUUAAAAUUCUUUCCGAUAGGGUGGCAUCAUCUCAAGUCGGUGAUGCCAACCUUGCAAACACCAUAAUUGGUAAAGCUGUGGAACAUAUGUUUGAGGGUGAGCAUGGUUCUAAGGAUGAAUGGAGGGGAAUGGUCUUAGCCCAAGCACCUAUCAUGAAAGCCUGGUUUUAUAUUACCUAUGAGAAAGAUCCUGUCUUGUACAUGUACCAGCUUCUAGAUGAUUAUAAAGAAGGAGACCUCCGUAUCAUGCCAGAGUCCAGUGAGUCUCCUCCAGCAGAGAGGGAGACAGGAGGAGUUGUAGAUGGCCUGAUAGGUAAGCAUGUGGAAUAUACCAAAGAAGAUGGCUCCAAACGGAUUGGCAUGGUCAUUCACCAAGUGGAAGCCAAACCCUCUGUGUAUUUCAUCAAGUUUGAUGAUGAUUUCCAUAUCUAUGUCUAUGAUUUGGUGAAAAAGUCCUAACUGUUAGGGUAAACUUUGCCACAUUUGUGAGAACAAAUGUAUACUUUGUAGACGUGCAAAACAAUGUUGCUUUUCAGUGUAUUGAAAGCUUAAGGGUCCCUGUUAAUUCAACAUCUUUGCCAGCAUAACUGUUGUUUUUUUUUUUUUUUUUUGAAAAAUACAAAUUUAUGUGGACAUGACAUGCUGUGUGUAAGGACUUUGUCAUGUUGAAAAGAUUGGGUGUGUUUGGUGGAUGGGGCAUGAAAGGAAGGGACAGCUGUAAAUGCAAGCUGUGAAUAAAGUUCAGCUAGUAUCACAAUCAGUCAUCUAAAAAUGGAAUAGGACUUAGCUGGUCUGGUCUAGAGAGGGGGGAGGAGAAGGAACUAGAGAUGGGCUGUAGAGGGAGGGAGAAGGGGAGGUGACUGCUUAGGAAGAGGCUCCCUGGAGGAGGGAUGGCCUAAGAGAGAGAGGCACCCAACUAGGAGGGGGUAGAGAAUAACAGAGAGAGAGUGAGAUCUUGGGGCUUAGAGGAAAACAAACAGAAUGCCUUGAGUAGAGAGGGGCUCAAAGUAGCUUAGAAGAGGUCCAGAGCAAGGGGCAGGGGGAGAGAAAGUUGGCAGGAAUCUGGAGGAUACUCAAAGGGAGGGUCUGCACAUGAGUAAGGAGUCAGAAGGGGAGGAACACUGAGGAAGGAAGAAUUCCAAGCAGAAAGAUUGACAGAGGAAGUGAGAAUGCAGAAAAGGAGGUGUGGGGAGUGGGGCCCAGGAGACAUGGGAAAGCCCAGGAAAAAGUUGGACUUCUGGCAGUAUCCACAUUGCCUUCCCCUGGCUCUGUGCAGAAAAGAUGUAACAGCUGUCAAAGAAGCCAAAUGGGUUGGAAGUUCCCUAGAAUGGCAUUUUGACAGGGAUGACUUGAGUUAAGUAGGAGCCAACUUUAUACCUAAAAGGCUUUUCUUAUUUCAGGGAGCUCAUGCCACACCUGCCGAGCAGAACCCAAACCCUCGGCUUAAACACACUGACCUGACACCCCAUGAGCUGGGGGCUGUAAGCAGUCUCCUCACUUUUCCCAGAGGACCAGGUGCAGUAAUCUUGGACCCGGAGGUCUUGGUUCAUUUCCCUUACACUGGAUAAACAAUUCUUGUGGGGCGUAGGUAAGCGGGGCGCUCAGGACUUAAGAGAUGUGCCUCCUUGCGUUUGGAAAGUAUUUUAUCCAAAAAAAAUUAGAACCUUACUGAAGUCAGGUACAGGAGUCCCCUCACUGUUCUUUCUCCUACUGGACUGUGCCUUGCCUCCCUAGAGAGGAGGGGCAUCAGAGGAUUGAGCCUAAUGUUUAUCUCAGGACAUGGGGAGUACUUGACAAUCCAUGCCUAGCUCAGCAGCUGCCUGAAACCACAGGUGGUUCCACCCAGUGCUUCACUGAAUGGAGGUCUGCUGCCUCUAGAGUCCCUAUUCAGGCUAUACCGUGACAAAGCUGGUGGCUACUGACCCUUCACAGGUACCUCCUGACCAGCCUUGCCCACCUCAAGCACACAGGGAAGCUGUGAUGGAAGUUUGUGCAGCUCUGUUUCCAGGUGAGAUGGAUGGCA